AACAGCACGGAGAAAAUAUAACAAAACAAAACGAAAUCCGUACGUAGUGCAACAAUACACGUAUUUAAAUCGAAGCAUUGCGUUCAUUGAUGAAAUAUGCACAUGCAGCUAUGAAAAUGAAACAAAAGGUAUGCGUUUAGUCACUGCACUCAGCUAUUUUGGAGAGAAUCUUGGAUGUGUUGACGCAAUUAUGCAAGUUGCAGCAACUGCCGCAAAAACCAACUGUACCUAGUGCUGGGUACCGCUGAGCCAGCGCCUGCUGCGACUGCAACUGCCGCUGGUCAAUGCUUUGGAUGUUUUGUAUACGAACAAGCAAGGCAGCAAACAAAUAAAUUUAUAGUAUAACAUUAACAACAGCAGCAGCAGCAGCAGCUGGCAGCCAACAACAGCCAACACAAUGACUACAAAACAUUCCGAACCGUUUUACAUCUCAGCCAACUUGUUUGAUAACAGGCGUCUGAAGCGACGCAUCUGCAAAUGGAUGGAGCGCGUACGCGAGCGGCGGCAACAUGCGUACAGCAUGGCCCAGGCACUGGCUUCCAACUCAAAGACUGAGCAGCAGCUACGACGGCAGCGUUGCCAGCUUAUGCUGCCGCGCCGACAUGUGGCUGCUGCACUGCCCGUGGACAUAACCAUCGAUCUGUUAUCGGACGAUAGCGCAGACGACAGCAAUGAACUGCCAGCAGCAGCGCCACCAGCUGUUGAAAUUUCAUUGGCCAACAGUCGCAGCAGCCGCAACAAUCUCUAUGCUGGCAGUUUGACACUGUCGCGUACGCCAAACAUCACCUUGGUGCCAGUUGAGCUGGCACCAGCACAGAGCAGCUCCUCGCUGCUGCUAAUGCCAGCAGCAGCAGCAGCAGCAGCUCAAAGUGGCAGCAAUUGCAAGCGUCGUCGCUAUGGCCAUGUCACAUCCACAACAACGCAGUCAAGCAGAUUAAACGAAAGCAUAUUGCUGACAAGCGACGAGGAAGAAGAGCUCAACGAGCAGCAGCAGCUGGAGCAGCAGAGCGUACAGUUUAACUAUCGCUCAAUGCGUUCGCCGCCGCCGCUGGCACCGCUGACAUUUAGCGAAACCAUUGAGGAGGUUACAGUGUCGCUGGUGCCGCGUAGCGCCACCACUGCCAAUUGCCAAGCGCGCCACAGUCGCGGCCAUAGCUCGAAUGGCUACAGCACGCCGACGACCACAUCGCCGCCGCAAAGCAAUUACGAUGACAGCGGCUUUCUCAAAGUGGAUGUCAGCUGUCCCACGCUGCCGGAUGAGACCACCGUGCACACAGUCAUUGCGAAUCGCAUCUACGAGCUGUCGCUGAGCAAACUGCGUGAGGGACUCGCGUCCAGCGGCGUCUCGGAAUAUGCCAAUCAUCAUUUGCCGCAGCAGCUGAAGAAGCUGUCGCCAGCUAUGCGCGCCAAGGUGGCGCCCAUGGUGCCAGCUCCACAGGCACAGGCGCCCAUAUCGCUGAAGCUGUCAAGUGAUCUGAGCAUAUCACUGAUCUCGGACGACGACGAGUGCGGCGAAAGUGGCGGCGGCGGCGGCGCCAUCCACCAAAGCGCCAUCAGCUGUGGCAAGCAGCCAGUGGCAGCAGCUGAGGCGCAUGCCGCCGCACGGCUGCUAAAGAAACAGCAGCCACAAUUGUCGGUCGUACAACAUCUGCAGUAUCCCGGACAUGUGACGCCGGUGGCAUUGCCAGUGGUGGUGGCGACACUAGCAACGCCCACAACGCAGCGGCGACGCAAGCUGGGCUGAUGCUCAAUGGGGCAUCAUCAAAUC